UCUCUUUGUACACAAUACAAUGAGCAUGAAACAAAACUCACAUCAUAUAAGAGAAAAUAUUAUAAUUAAAUAUAUUAAUAAAUAAUAAAUUCCGGUUAAUUAAAACAUCAUCAAGAUGGCCAAGAAGGAGGAACUCCUUAUGGAGGGUCCGAAGCGGCUCAACCAUGAGCUAGCAUUGAUGCUGGAGGAUACCAAGAACCUACAGUUCCGGAACCUCAUGCCCCAGGCGAAUAAUAUCUUCAAGUGGACGGCCCUGCUUUUGCCAGAAUCUCCGCCAUACGACAAGGGUGCCUUCAAGGUGGAGCUUGACUUUCCGCAGGACUAUCCCUUCAAGCCGCCACGCAUUCACAUCAACACAAAGAUCUAUCAUGCGAAUGUGAAUGAACGCGGCCAGGUGUGCAUGCCCAUUCUGGAGGCGGAGCACUGGAUACCCACGGCUCGCAUUGACCAGAUCCUGCAGAUCCUGCUGGCCACCAUCAAUAGUCCUCAGGUGGAGAAUGCCUGGAACGUAGAAGUGGGAGGCGAGUUUCUCAAUGAUCCAAAGAGAUACAACAAAAUGGCUGAGGCCUGGGUGCAAAAGUACAGUGAACCACGGCCCACGGAACAAGAUUUGAUUAAAUUUGCCCGCCGUCGCAAGAAGUUGAUGUCCAAGGACAAUUAAUGAGCUAUUAGGAGGUUCAUGAAGAGACUUCAACAAAUUAUAGUAGUAAGCCAAGUGUUUUGCCUUGGAAAGUUCUAGGACUAAGAAAGUUUUCCUUUCUAAGACUAAGAACUUCCGGUUUAUAAAAAUACAUCCGGAAUAUGCUCCUUA